ACACAUCCAAUCCAAUGGUCAACGGUAAAACCGUUAAGUUUUCGUGCGAGAAGUCCCCGAGCCCGAAGAGGUUCCAGGAGCCGGAAGGGAUGACCGACGUUGAUCUCAGGCGGCUGUCUCAGAUCAGCGGAUGCUCCGACUCUAAUUUCAAAAAGUACGAUCCCAAGUCAAUGAAAAAGAGGGUCUUCAAAGUUUUCUUUAUUUUGGCCUCGAUUGGCUUGGCUGCCACCAUCCUAUUCUUGUUGAUCACCAAUAAAGGUAAUCAACUGCGCGCUCGCUACGAAACUGAAAACUUUAAUCAGUUAGUGGCUUAUUAUCGCGACAAACUGCAACGAUGCAAAUUAACCGAGAGUCUUGAGGAUUGUUGCUCUUAUCUGACGGAGAAUAAAAAUGAAAUAAUCCUUCAAGACUGCUCAAUUCCACAAGUUCUGCAGGCCGUGGCAGAACAUGAAGCAAAAUUCAUAGAAACGAACGUCUUGCUGCUAGACGAUGAUUACUACUAUGAUCUGUUCGACGAUGAUAUGUUCCCCAAAUUUCUAAAUAAAAAGUCCAUCGGUUCAAUCCUUAAAGCUCAGAGCACAAUCGACGAUUUUAAGGUACCAACCAUUCACGAUGACAAUGUUAAACUGUCAUUGUAUAACACCUCGAUCAAUGUAACAUCUCCAAUCCAAAAGCGUCAAACUGAAGAAAUUGAGAAUGUGGAAAAUAAAGAGAUUAUAAAAAGUUCUCCUAUUGUUGUUGAACAACCCAAUGAACGUGAUGAUACAAGUAAUGUUAAUGUCCAAGUGCACGAUGCCAUUGAUUUUUUAAGAAGAUUAGAAGAUGAAAACUUAAAGUUUAUCGAUGAUUUGAAUAUACCAAAAAUUAUUCACGAGGAGAACAAUAAAUUAUUAAGAGUUAACAAGGAGAAUAUUGAUAGGAUAGAACCGUUUUUUGCAAAUCCAUCCAAUGUUAAGGCAUCAUCUCUCAGUGAUGAAUCCGUUUCAAUUAAUUCCAAGAAAAUUAUUCCUUUUUUCCCUGAUCAAAAUUUUCCAAAUGAAAAUCCACAAAUACGACAAGCUGUUGACUUUUUAAAGAGGUUAGAGGAAGAUGAAAUGAAGCUUCUUGAUUCUAGGAAGAAAAGACAGGUUCAGCAAAUCCUGCACCAAUUCCCACCUGCAAAUCAUUUUCCUCCAAACCACUUUCAACAUAACAGACCUGAAUUUCAUGGUGGUAGUAAUUUUCACAAAAAUCCGAGCUUCGUUCAAAGCCAGAUUAUACAAACAGUGCAACAUAAUGAAUUUCCGCCACAGGAGCCGCACAAUUUCCACACUCCCACUCAUUCCAAAUCAAUGCAAUUUCAUGGACAAAGUCGGAUGGAUCCACCGCAAGAACCAUUAGAGUUUACCAUAAAUCCUCCAAACCAGGAGCUUUUUAGACAUGACGAAAAUGUGCGGAUGGAACAUCCUAGCUUCCCGGGAUUCUUUCCGCCUGCAAAUGAAGAAAGGAUACAUCCAAAAUUAGAGGAGAAUAAAGGUCAAGUAAUAGAGAUACCAGAUGAACCUGUACCUGACUCUAAUUUGGGCGCUCCUCCAAAAAUGAUAGGAUACUUUCCUCCAGGUAGCGUCGAACGGAUUAAAACGACACAUAAUAAAAAUGGCGACAUCGAAAUGCCGAUAGAACCUAAUCUUCCUUUAAAGAAUGGAGAUUAUAAUCCGAAUUUAGGAGUUAGUCCGCAUUUUCCAUCGUACUUUCAAACAGACAUUUCAGAAAAUAUUAAACCAAAGAUGAAUUUAAACCAGAACGUUCCUAACAAAAAACCCGAAAAAACUGAACCAAACUUAGGAAAUGGCCCGCAGUUUUUUCAGCAGGACCUCUCUGAAGGAGUAAAACAAAAAGUUGAAUCUGGGGAUGACACAAAUCUCUCAUCCCAUUUUCAAUUUGACCUUUCAGAGAGGGUAUCACCUAAAAUUAAUACAAAACAAACCAACGUCAAUCAAUCAUUGAAUUCACAAAACUCGUCGGAUAUUGUAGCAGCCAUCAAUCCAAAAUUACUUAAAGAAAAGCAAAAUACGUCGUUCAUGGAUUCAACACUGAGAAUCAGCGCUGAUAAUAAGAUGGGUCAGUUUUCACCAGGAGGAGAUGAUCAGAUUAAUCAACAGAAUUCCGCCAAUCUUAACUUUGCUAAUCAAAGGCAAUGCGUUCCGUCGUAUUCACCGCCUUUGGGUUCUUCCUUGCCAAUCAUGCAGCAGCAAGUUCCGUUCUCCUAUGACCCUAAAUACGCUCAAUUGAUUCCGAUUUCUCUAUCUCGAAACCAACCAAAUCCGUACGUCAUUAAUCCACAAUACAGUUACAUGUCUCCAACUUAUAGCGCCAUUCUCACUAAUGGUAACAUGAUGGGUGCAAACACAGGUAUUUCAACAUCCGGCCCAGGUGGCCAAUAUUUCGUUUGUAAUCCUAUUCAACAACAAACUAAUCAUGUUGCCGGAAUGCCCGGAGUUGAAGUGAGAAAUGCUGAUUUCCAGAUAUUAACUUCAAUAAAUAAAGGUACUAGAGCUUCGGAUAAUUGCGCUUUUGGACAGGAGAUGUGCGCUGACAACUCUAAAUGCAUCAAAAUUGAAAAGAUAUGCGAUGGAGAAGUCCACUGCCCCGACGGAAGUGAUGAAGUCUAUUGCAACUGUAAAUCCAGGAUAGCUCCUUUCAGACUGUGUGAUGGAUAUUUGGAUUGUCCAAAUGGGGAAGAUGAAAUUGGCUGCUUUGGAUGUACUCCAGAUUCAUUUAGUUGCGACGAUUGGACGCAACAUCGUCCUGCAACUUGUAUUCCUUUGAGUCAAAGAUGCGAUGGUUUUGCGAAUUGUCCAACCGGAAAGGACGAGCAAGAUUGUAUCGUGCUGCUCAACGAGGUUGAGAGUUCCGAAGAUAUUUUUAAAGUUUCCACGACAGCUGGUUUCUUGCAUAAGAACUUCAAGGGAAGAUGGUAUCCGGCCUGCUCGAAUUCGGAAACGUGGGCUGUUCAAGUUUGCAGGAAUUCGGCCGGUCCCAACACGCUACCGCCGCUAACGCACAUGAUCCCAAUCAAUUACGAGUACAAAGGUUCUUAUGCAAAUGCACUGCCGGAGGAGCAAAUUGAUAUUGUUGCGAGCUGCGUGGCGGACAGGGCCGUUUACGUGGAAUGCCCGCAGCCAACUUGUGGAAUGCGAAGUGUAACAAUGAAUCCUUAUAGGCAGGAGGAGGUGGACACGAGCGCCGAGGAAAUAGCAGCUCGUUUCCGGCCUGCAAGGGCUCUGAACGAGAGCGAAACCAUCGUGGGAGAUGGGAGGGUAGUCGGAGGAAGAGCAUGUCAGCCGGCUGCCUGGCCAUGGGUCGUCUCCAUUUACAAGAACGGCGCCUUCCACUGCGGAGGUGUUCUCAUCAGCGACACGUGGUUAAUAACGGCCUCCCAUUGUGUGGAGAAGUAUUGGCAGUACUAUUACGAGAUCGAGCUGGGAAUGCUGAGACGUUUCUCGUACUCCCCGAUGCAGCAAACAAGAUUUGCCUCGCACGUUAUCCCGCACGCCGACUACGACAGGGCCAAUCUGAAGAAUGACUUGGCGUUGAUGAGGCUUAAUGCACCGGUUAAGUUCAAUCGCUACGUGAGGCCAAUAUGUUUACCAACAGAAUUCACGGCGGGGCAGAACUACGACAAAGGACCUAUUCCUGGAACGAUUUGCACCGCCGUUGGAUGGGGUGCCACCGUUGAACAUGGAAUUGAUCCUGAUCAUAUGAGGGAAGUUGAAGUUCCUGUUCUGCCUAUCUGCAAGCAUAAAGAAGACGAAGAUGGUCACGAAAUAUGCGCCGGGUUGCUUGAAGGAGGUCGGGACGCUUGCCAGGGAGACAGUGGUGGUCCUUUCCUCUGCAGGAACCCGAACAUUCCGAACCAAUGGUACCUAGCAGGAGUGGUAUCACAUGGUGAAGGAUGCGCCAGACCAAACGAACCUGGAGUAUACACCAGAAUUGCACUGUACAGGAAUUGGAUAUACGAGCACGCUAAGGACGAUAUGUUGCCGCAAAGAAAACCAUUGUACCAUUGUCCCGGCUAUGUUUGCAAAAGGAUAAACAAGUGCAUACCAAAGAAGAGACGAUGCGAUAAGAUCGUGGACUGUUUGUAUGGUGAUGAUGAGGUGGACUGCGCCAAGCGUAAUUCUAUUUCGUCGCUGUUCAAGCACGCCGUGCGACACAUGAUGCUGGACGACCUAUCUAGAUCUAACGGAGAAAACGCCAGCGUGGAAGUGACUUCUCCGAUCGGAGAUAGCAUCGCCCCGACGGCGUUCCAAAUGGAAAACACACCAAUAACGGAUCCGGUGAAUGGCUUGGCUUCUGUAAAGGAUGACACCUCAUUUGCAAGUCCGGCCGGCCUAUCUGAUCGGAACGAGUUCAUAAGUAACACUACUGCUUCGCUGCAGCGGCUAGAUGAAUCUUCCGUGAAAGCGGUCCGCGAUCCUUUGCAGGAUGGUCGCUUCUUGUGCACCAGGAUGCUCGAGAUCAUACCGCUGGCGAAGAAGUGCGAUAAAGUAAUCGAUUGCCAGGACGGCACCGAUGAGGAGUUCUGCACUUGCUCGGAUUACUUGAAAAAUACCCAUCCCGAGGCCAUCUGCGAUGGAGUUACCGAUUGCAAAGACCUAUCCGAUGAAAGCAAUUGCGGGAACUGCGCGUCAGAUGGAGAGUUUUACUGCCGGCUCAGCAGGAUUUGCAUACCGCUCGAGAAGAGGUGCGACAACACUGUCGAUUGUCCGCAAAAUGAAGACGAAUGGGAUUGUUUUGCCCUGAGCGAUAAACAUAGGAUGGUGCUGGACGCUGACCUCCGACCCGAGCUGAACAUAAAAGGUGUUCUGGCCUUUAAUCGCGUUGGAAAUUGGACCCCGGUGUGCGGUAAUUUCACGGGCAUCGAGGGAAGAAUAGCGGCGGACGUUUGCGUAACGUUGGGCUUCGCCGAUUACGACAAGUACUUGCAGAUGGUCGUGGCCGAUGGACCCUUGCCAAUUGCCGGAGCAGGCGAACGCCCGGAAACGGAAGCUACCGCCAACAGCACCACCUCCUGCACGGGUUUGUACGUAAAGUGUUCUAAUGUGACGAUAAGCGCAAAUGAAAUUGGAACGGAAGAUCAACUGAACGUUGCGAACGACAUCCACAAUUCGCCCUGGAACGCCGCAGUUUAUGCUAACGGCGAUUACAAAUGCACUGGGGCAGUCCUCGACAUCGACUGGAUACUAACAUCUGUUAAUUGUUUCCCUGGGAUCCUCAAAUUGGAUCAGAACUACGUAGCCGUGUUACUGGGUGCCGGCAGGGGUCAUUUCGUCGUCGGAGGACCCCACGAGCAGAUCAUCGCUGUUGGCGAGUCUCUUAGGGUCGGCCAGAGCGAUGUAGUUCUUCUGAAGCUCCGUGAAAAACUCACCUUCACCAGAUACGUGCGACCGUUGCACUUCCAACGAAAGAGCGAUUUCGUGCGGUAUAAGGAAACCUGCGUCGCGAUGGGCUCCGAUCUUAAUCUGACCGCCAAAGCUGUUUUAUUGAAGCCUGUCCAAAAUUGUACGACUGGUUCGAGAUGCUUCAAGCGAUUAGACGUUCCGCCGCCUGAAUGUAAAGUGGACAAUUACAAAAAUCCCUGGAGCGGAUGCAUAGUGUGCGACUCGGGCCACGGAUUCUACCCAGCGGCGGUCUUCGAAGAAGUGCGCGGAGAUUGCGGCUUCACGAAAACAACCUCCUUCCCAAGUUUAUCCAACAUCAAACGGUUAAUACACCAGUAUCUAAAACGUGCCACCUUCGCAGUCGAGCCCCCGUCCUGCACCGGUUUCAGAUGCAAAUUGGGCAAGUGCAUCGGACCGGAUAAGCUGUGUAACAGGAUUCCUGAUUGUCGGGAUGCCGAAGACGAAACAGCGGAAGUUUGCGAGGAUACGGCCAGGCAGUGCCAUCUUACGGACACUUGUCUUUGCAACUUGGGUGAGAUGCGUUGCGCCAAUGGAAAGUGCGUACAGAAAUCUGUAUUCUGCGACCAGAAGGAUGACUGCGGCGAUGGUUCCGAUGAACCUGACAGAUGUACCUGUCAGGCUUACCUACGUUUGGCAGAUCCUUCUAAAAUCUGCGAUGGAGCAAGGAACUGUCUGGAUAGGAGCGAUGAAGAUAAAGAAAUCUGUAGAUGUACUGCAGGACAAUUUAAAUGUGGUUUGACACCGUAUUGUAUAUCUAAUGACAUGGUGUGCGACGGAUACAAGGAUUGUCCCGACGGCGAAGAUGAACAUCAGUGCGUGUCGCUGCAACCGCUCAAAGACAAUUCAAAUGCCGGAGAGGUUCUGACGCGAACUCGCGGUGUUUGGCAUCCCGGAUGUUUUCCGGAACACUUGACCACCAGCGAACUGGAGGGCAUCUGUGGUACUCUUGGAUUCACCGGAAGCAGCGCUUCCUACCUGCAUACGAAUACGAGCUCGAUCGAUGGGACAGCUAGCAGACCGCUGAUCGAUCGGUUCAAUUUCUUUUGGAUACACCGGAUGGCCGGAAGCGCUAAAGUCAAAUUGGCGAUGCGCACCGGAAGCGAACCGUUCGUCACGUUCGUGCCGGACCCCAGCUGUCACCGGUUAUUCAUUGAAUGUCUUUAGAAAUAAAUCACUACAGUAUCUUUA